UCAUGUACACGCGACUGUGUUGACGGAGCCGAGCAGGUCGGAGAGACGCUGUUGUGUAUUUUUGUUGUGAUUAAAGAGUUUAAACCAGCUUUAAUAUCGAGCUGUACCCGAGCAAACCCGCCCUCAGAGCGGAGAAUAAAACUUACACAGGCUUCUACUGAAGGAGGAGCAAAGAUGGUGUUUUACUGCUGCGCUUAUAACUGUAAAAACAACACAAAGGACAAGAGCCUCACUUUCCACAGCUUCCCUUUGGGCAACCCUUCGUUGCUUAAAAAAUGGCUGAGGAACAUGAGGUGGAAAGACUGGUCUCCUGAGGAAUACAGUAAAAUAUGCUCCAAUCACUUUGAGAGCAAGUGUUACAGAGUCGUGAAUGGCACCCGAAGACUACUUCACACCUGGGCAGUUCCCACCAUUUUCUCUUUUCCUGGCCAUCUUCAGAACCAGAAGAAAAAGAUUGACCCCAGGAGUAGAAGGGCGUUGGGAACUGUGGAUGAAUCUGUCUUCGAGCUGCCUUCAAAACGAUCAAAACGCUCCAACAUACAGCCUGUACCAGUUCAGCGUUUUCCCGUACAACAGUUCCAGAAAUCACAGCCAUCAAAGCCUUCACAGCCUUCACAGCCAUCACAGCCUUCCCAGCCCUCACAGCAAUCACAAGUGUCCAACUUACAGAAACCACCAGAGCCCAGUAAUGAGCCAGAAUCUGUUCAAGUACCUACUCCCUCACAGUCUUCAAGCCCAAGCCUGGGGGAAGCUGAUAACAAGUCGUGUACCUGGACAAUUCUAGGAGAUGAAUCAGUGGAUAGAAGCAUGACCAUGCCCAGCUUCUUUCACAGUGGCUACUGUUUGCCCAGGAGUUUUUGCUGGGAUGGAGAUGAUGAGUUAAAUAUUAUGCCACAUGUUGUUCGCGGAAUCCCAGGAAAAACAAAGCUUCGUAUUAUUGAGAUUAAAGAAAGAUGGGAGUGGCUUGGUCUGGAUAUCAGAGGGCCGUUUCCAAUCACAACACACAAGCACACUCACGUCAUGACCCUGACGGACUACUACUCUAAAUGGGUGGAGAUCUUUCCCCUGACACAGAAUAAAACCAGUGAUGCUGCAGCAUGUCUGGCAGAAGCCAUCCUUCAGAUGGGAUAUCCACUAGGAGUUCUCUCACGACUUCCUAAACACCUGCUCUUAGUAAUGAAUCGUGAUCUGAAAAAACAUUUAAAGGUUGACGCAUGCUCACUGGUCAUUCAUCAUCGCCAGACUGGGUACCUGGACUUGGUCACUGAAGCGCUCCUUAAUGAGAUGGUGGAUGGGCUAAUUAAAGAAUACCCACGCACCUGGCACAUCCACCUGCCUGCUGCCUCCUUGCGCCUCUGCUGUAAACAACACCCCACCACAGGGAAGAAGCCUUUUACAGUGAUGUACAGCAGCGGACCUCCAGCCUUCAGAGCUCCCAGAGAACUGCCUUUUAGCAACAGUGAGAUUCGGCAGAGCUCCUUCAUCAUUCCACACAUUGAAGCCGCCAAAGGAAACAAAGAAAACACUCCUGUUGCUGGGUCUGCUGAGUCAGAGAUGAAUAUAGACAAUACAGAAGCCACACCAUCACUAACAUUAAUUCCAGAAGGAAAUGUGGAAAUGGAUUCUUUGAACUAUUAAUAGAAUAAAACCUGAGGAAGGUUUAAAACAAACCGAUGGACAUUUAGAGCGGGACAAUUAAGCACAUUUAACUACAAUAUUAACAUGUUUUUCCUGCGGUAAUCGGAUCAUCAUGGCUUCUUUUGACCACAUAAAACACAGGAUGUGACCAGAUUAUAAAAAGGUGAAAUCCUUCACAAACAUUCAGAAAUGGAGCUCAAAUAAAAGAGAAUGUGUUUUCUGGGCCCACACACAAUGAUAUAAAUGCUGCAAGAUGUCUUCACAAAUGAGGCUGAACAUUUGAUAUUGUAUAAUCUAGAAUAGUUAGUUGCAGGUAGGAGGAGUGCUAUUGUAAAUACAAUGUAAACAGCAUGUGUUGAUUUGAUGAUUCAGGCUUUAAAAUAGAUGUAAACACCCUAUAAAAUUGUUAAAAAAAAAAAAAAAAAAAAAAGGAUGUUUGUUUUUCUGUGCUUUUUGUAUUUCUGUAGAAUAAUCUUGUUGCUUUCAGGUCACUGAAUCCAUUAAAAUUCUCUAUUUUUAAAAACCUCUUGUGCUGUGUUUCUGUCAGUGUAUGAAUUUAAAUCUGUGCUGAUACAAUGAUAAGAGUAUUUAAGUAUUGCCGGUGCAUACAGUGGCUUUCUUAUUAAACAACUUUUAACGUUUAACUUUAA